AUGACAUCGCAAUCUGACAUGUUUUUGGCGCUGUGCUGUUGCCGAGCAUCCUCGAUUUACUGGUGUUACGCUUCGAUGCCUGUGCACAUUCCAAAGAUUUCCAAGGCACACUUAGGAGACGAUCUCGGAACCUUCACGUCUGCUACAGCAUCAUCUCGUGUGAUUACAGACUGCCCAAAGGCGAUCACUUCAAUAUUCGCGCCCCAGAUUGCGAACCAUGUUUGCAAUGGGCAGUGGAAUGCAUUGCGAAGUGCUGCUUGUAACAAUCAUUUAGAAGUGCUUAACUUAUUAAUCGGUUAG